AUGCUUAACAUAAAAACUGAAGAGUCUUAUGAAUCAAAUUCAAUAAAUAGAUAUGAUUCUUAAAUGUAGAAUUAAGAUCGUAAAUUUGUUUUACAUGCUAAUUUGAAUGAAAUAUCCAGAAAACAAUAUAAUUAAGAAAGAAAAUUGGUUCUACCUUAAAUUAAGGUUCCCCAUUCCCAAACAGAGUAAUCGGAAGAAAGCCCAGGGAUUCAGAUGUUCAAAAAUCGAUUGGAAUGCGUAAAAUUACCUGAAAUUGAUGAGAAGUUUUUUAUAAGAAAGUCUUUCAACAUUGACUUGAUGAAUAAACCGAAAGUUUAUUCCCAUUCUCAUUAAGUGUCAAGGGAAGAAUAUGAAUUCGCCAAUUCAGAAAAAAAUAUUGAUGCGUUGAUCACUAAAAAAGUUGAUUUUUAAGAUGAUGUAAUGGUUUAUGAUUAUGUCAACCAAACCUGCAAAAAGGAUUGCAUUAAAGGAUAGGGCAAAUCCAUUAAGAUGAGAAGGUAAAAGACAAGAAAACUAAGUGAUGAUCUCACCUAAACAUACAAAUAAAAUUUAAGGAUGAAUAACCUAUUAAAAUUAAAUCCCAAAUCUCAUUUUUUCGAGGAAAACUCUAAAGAAUCACAAAAAGUUAUCAUAAGUGAAAAUCUAAUGGAUGAUAACAUUUGA